AUGGCAGACUAUUCGAAGAUUUUCUCGUCGAAGACGUUCAAAUUCGACGUUGGCCCGCAGAAGAAAGAGUUCGUCUUGCACGAAGCUGCUCUCUCGACUCUCUCAAAGCCCCUGGACCGCCUCCUCAACGGCUCUAUGAAGGAGGCAAAGGAGGGUUGUGUGGUCUGGGACGACCUCGACGAAAGCACUUUUCUUCGAUUCAUCAAAUGGGCCUAUUCUGGCGACUAUGGCACUCCAAGCCCUGACAUACUGCUCGACGCUUCCCAGAUUGCAACGCAGCACAGGGCCUCUGGGGCGACAACGAACACGACAGACAAUAACUGUGUUUCUCUCGGUUCUCUCGCACUCACCGAAGCAACCACUACAGAUACAUCGGGACCUUGCAAAAGAGAAUCGGGUAAGGCCUUCUUGGAGAACAAGCAGUACUCCCCCCCGACACCUACCUCUACGCCCAGAACGAACGCCGAGGCCUGCGAGGACUACAGCGGUAUCUUCCUGGCUCACGCUCGUCUCUAUGUUCUAGCCGACAAAUACGACAUACGAACCCUCCGGCAGCUUGCUCUGCACAAGCUGUGGGCGACUCUGAAGGACUUCACCCUCUACCCAGGUCGCGUGAGUGAUAUCGCAGCUCUUAUCAUGUACGCCUUCCAGGCAUUCUCCGCCUCAGCUGUCGACGACGUCAUGUGCGGCAUGCUCGCCGACUACGCAGCUUGCAUCUUCGAGGAGUUGGUCGAAUGCAAGGAGUGGAAGGACAUGAUCGUCGAGCUUCCGGUCUUUGUUGGAUGUAUGUUGACGAAGCUUGCGAAGAGACUUGAUUGA